UUCCUGCUCUACGUUGUUUGCUAUUCGACCCAGGAAAGCGGACCAAAGAAUAAUCGAGAAGAGCACGAAAGGUCCAAAAAAAAAAAAAAAAAAAAAAAAAAAAAGAAUCUAGAGACGAGACAUUGGCACACGGACAGAAAAUGGAGUCCGAGACAUUAGACCAGAUGCAGGCGCGGCACCGGCGCGAACUCAAAGACCUGCAAGGCAGAAUCACGAACAAGAAGAAGAACGCGACGAAGAAGACGCGCAAAGGCGUCAACGACGAGUGCGCGGAGAUGGAGCGGCAGCUGAGGGAGAAGCAGGCCGCCGAGGUUGCGGCCCUGAGCGGGGAGGCUGAGGAGAAGGAAAAGGAGGAGGAUGAAGAGGCGACGUCGAAGCUGAGACUGGAUACGAAUGAGGGUACGAAAGGGCAGCAGCAGCAGCAGCCGGGAAAGAAGCGGAACCGACAAAAGGAGCGCAUGGCACGACGCGCGGCGGAGCACGAGGCCGCGAUGCUGAGCGCCGAACAAGAAGCCUCGACGAUGACGGACCACCGGGCGAAGGAGAGCGCGUACAUGAAGAAGGAGUUUUCGGCGCACGGGCUGAGCGAGAAGGAGAUCCAGCCAGACGGGCACUGCCUGUUCUCCGCGCUGGCGGACCAGCUCUCCCAGAACGGCAUCCCCCUCAGCGCCGAGGAGGAGGGCGGGGAAGCUGCUGCUGCUGAAAGGGAGCCUGCGUACAGGACGGUGCGAAGGGCGGCGACGGGGUACAUGGAGGCUCACGCGGAUGACUUCGCGCCGUUUCUGGAGGAGGAUCUGGGGGAUUAUGUGCGCAAGAUGAGGGAUACUGCUGAAUGGGGUGGGCAGCUUGAGUUGAUGGCUGUUGCGAGGCGGUAUGGGGUUGAGAUUCGGGUGAUUCAGGAUGGGAGGACGGAGAGGAUUGGUGGUGAUGAGGAGGGUAAGGGAGAAGGGGACGGAGCGAAGACGUUGUGGUUGGCGUAUUAUCGGCAUGGAUAUGGGCUGGGGGAGCACUACAACUCGUUGAGAAGGGCGACGACGACGACGGCGACUGCAGAGUGA